AUCAGCUUAUGUAAUGUCUGCAUUCAGUUGGAAGUUUGGCACAAGCUAGGUGACGAGCAGACUAUGUUCACAACAACAACAACAUCAAAUUUUCUAUUAUGAUUAUUAUUUUAUUUGUUAUUUCCAACAGAAGAAAAGAAGCACAGUUGGAGCUUGGAAGUAAACAAAAGACUAACAAAAACAAAAGCCUGUUCCCUCCGGUCCCUUUCUCUCUGUUUCAUUCUUCUUUGUCUCAAAGUUGUUUUCUCUCUCUUUCCACACUUUUUCUUUCUUCUUUUCCUUCUAACUUCAAAUGUUUUAUACGUUUGCUUGAACACCCCAAACAUAUCACAUCUCUGAUCCUUUCAAAUUAUGGAACAGCUUGUCAACUUCAUAAUUCGGCCGCCCAGAGCUGAAUAUGAUCCAAAAGGUGAUUUAUUGGAUUAUGAGUUCAUGCUAAAAGGAAAGUGGUUUCAACGGAAGGAUGUGGAGAUAAAAAACAGCCAUGGGAAUACUCUUCAAUGCAGUCAUUACAUGCCAAUUGUCAGUCCCGAUGGAAAGCCUCUGCCAUGCGUUAUAUAUUGCCAUGGAAACAGUGGAUGCAGGGCUGAUGCCAGUGAAGCUGCUAUAAUUUUACUUCCUUCAAACAUUACAGUUUUUACCCUGGAUUUCUCAGGAUCGGGAAUCUCAGGAGGAGAGCAUGUCACUCUAGGUUGGAAUGAAAAGGAUGAUCUGAGGGCCGUGGUCAACUAUCUGCGGGCAGAUGGAAAUGUCUCUCUGAUUGGCUUGUGGGGACGCUCAAUGGGUGCGGUGACUAGCCUUAUGUAUGGAGCUGAAGAUCCUUCAAUUGCAGGGAUGGUUUUGGACAGUCCCUUCUCAGAUUUGGUUGAUCUGAUGAUGGAACUUGUAGGUACAUACAGAGUCCGUCUGCCAAAAUUCACAGUGAAGUUUGCAAUUCAACACAUGCGAAAAGCAAUCCAGAAGAAGGCAAAAUUUGACAUAAUGGACUUGAACACCGUGAAGGUAGCAAAAUCUUGUUUUGUUCCUGCUCUACUUGGGCAUGCCAUUGAAGAUGAUUUUAUUCGUCCUCAUCAUUCAGAUCGUAUAUUUGAAGCUUAUAUGGGAGACAAAAACAUAAUUAAAUUUGAUGGAGAUCACAAUUCUCCCCGUCCUCAGUUUUAUUUUGAUUCUGUAAACUUAUUUUUUCACAAUGUUCUGCAACCUCCAGACGAUGAGCUUGGGGUAUCAUUUUUUGACAUUAUGAAUGAUUACUUUGGUAAGGAUGUCUGGAGAUCCGUGCAUGAAUUUGGCCAUGACAAUGAACCAUCAUUUCAAAACAAAGAAUCAUCAACAAGCAGUACUAUGGAUGACAAGCAAGUCCGUUCAAAAAGACCAAUGAGUAGGAUGGAGGUUCCACCACACAUUUCUUCAAAAGAGGGAUACCGUGAUUGUGAGCAGGCACAGAAAUGUGAUGAUCUUUCCUCCUCCUCUACUGCAAUGAUUAGUUUUGAAUUAUCAAAUGGUCGCCUCUAUAGUCCCCUUGUCCCAACCGAUCUAGGUGAUGACCAGUACGUGGAAUUUCAACUCGAUGACUUCCCGGGCAUUCCAUCAACUGCAAAGGAAGAACAAAAAAUGUUCAUGGAAACAGUGAUAGAUCCAGAAGUUGAACAACCACAUGUCAGCAGUGCUAGUACCAUGUCGGUUGAGCCAUCAGACAAGAAUGAUUCACAUGGUUCUUCACAAGAGAUUUCGAACCCUAUGGAGAUAGAAUCUUCUUUACUUAACAACUGUGUGCAUUCCACAGCUUCAACAAUUUCCUCUGCAUCUGAUGUACGUGAACCCUUGAAAGCUGAAUCAAAUUCCAUUUCAAUGAUUCCAACUCCAGUACCAAGUCUUUCUUCGAACAAAAUAUCACUACCACCAUUAGACACUGGCAAUAUUGCAGACAGUGCUUUUACUAGUAAUGACAGUUCUGCUAGCUUACAAAGUUCAUCUGACAUUGACAUUUCACACAAUACAAAAGCCACAGUAACUGUUAUUAAGAAUCCAACAGGCAAUGUCUUGAAUGGCUUAAUGCGGCGUUGGGAUUUCAACUUUUUCAGAAACAGACACAAUCGAUAACAUUAGAGUCAUUGUUUUUAUAGCUAAAAAAAUUACUACAUAGUUUGUAAAAUGCCCCACAGAAGAAAUAGUUUGUUUGUACUAAAGUUUUGCAUGUUUAGGUUAUCAUGUAGCAUUUAUCUAAUAUUCUUUCACUGUAAGAGAGAAUUGUUGUGUUGUUACCCCUUCAAACUGUAAUACAUCACUGGUCCUUGCCUUUCUUUU